GCAUUGGAAAAACUGUAAAAGAAAAAGUUUGUGCACAUACGAGCCGCGAUAUUCGAGCCAUAGCAAGUCAGUUGGUUAAUGUAUGGCUUGAAAUAUUCCGCAAAGAGAAAGCUUUUGGUGGCGGCCGUAAUCUGUUGAGGCAAACGAGUACUUCUGAUUCCUUCAAGAGAAAAUCUCUUAAAGAGUCAUCCUCAGCAAAGCCUCCUCUACACUCUGACCAUGUUGCUUCAGAGAUCAAAGGUAGGACACAGGCUUUUGCAUCGGUUGGAAGCCACUUAGGAUCUAAUGCAAACAUCAGGAGAGAGAGUAGCAAACCUGUCAAACUGGAAACGGUGUUACACAGUUCAGUUAGCAUAUUGGAAACUGAGAUGGAGGAUAGCAACCUUGGUAUGUCGGAAGAAGAGCAGGCUGCAUUUGCUGCAGCAGAAGCAGCUCGAGCUGCAGCUGAAGCUGCUGCUAAGGCAUAUGCAUCUUCAGAGGCCAAAUGUAAUGCAUCUCUGCAACUUCCUAAGAUCCCUUCAUUCCAUAAAUUUGCAAGACGCGAGCAAUAUGCACAAAUGGAUGAUUCUGAUCUCAGAAAGAAGUGGUCAGGUGGUGUUUUGGGAAGACAAGAUUGUGUAUCAGAAAUAGACUCCAGGAACUGCAGGGUUAGGGACUGGUCUGUUGAUUUCUCUGCUGCUUGUCUAAACCUUGAUAGUUCUAGAAUGUCAGUGGAUAACCUCUCGCAGCAUAGCCAUUCAAAUGAGAUUGCUUGCCAUUUGAAACUUAGAGAGCACUCUGGAGAAAGUGCAGCAGUGGACAGCAGUAUCUUUACCAGAGCAUGGGUUGAUACUGCAGGUAAUGGUGGGAUAAAAGACUACCAUGCCAUUGAGAGAUGGCAGUCUCAAGCAGCAGCUGCUGAUCCUAAUUUCUUCUGUCCAACCUCACAUUUAUACGAUGAAGAAGAUUCAAACACAAGUUUAAGACCACCCAUGUGCAAGCAUGAUGGACAAGCUAAUGAGAGCUCCAUAUCACAAGUUACAAUAAACAAAGAGUCGCUCAAAAAUCAUUUACGGGGUGCAGACCGAAUAAAGCAGGCUGUUGUGGAUUAUGUUGCAUCAUUGCUCAUGCCCCUUUAUAAGGCGAGGAAAAUUGAUAGAGAUGGGUACAAGUCAAUAAUGAAAAAGACUGCGACAAAGGUCAUGGAACAGGCUACCGAUGCAGAGAAAGCCAUGGCUGUUUUUGAGUUUCUUGAUUUCAAACGCAAGAAUAAGAUUAGAUCCUUUGUGGACAAAUUGAUUGAGAGGCACAUGGCAAUGAAGCAAGCUCCAAAACCUUGAUGGUCCUGAGGAUUUGCUAGUCUUUGUUUUCUGUUAACUUGGGAACAAGACAUGCUGAAAUCUGUUGGUGCACAAGUUCACAGCCUAUGAUGGCGGUAAUUCUGUGCAAGGAAUUAGUAAUUUGGUUCUUGGUGCAAAUGUUUCGCCCGAACCAUCAAUAUACCAAUCUUGAUCCGGAAGGUGCCAUGAAAGGAAAGCAGAUGGUUCUAUGUAGCCUACUCUGUGACAAAUGACAAGCCGUGAUGCAAGUGCUUUCUUGCAGAUGUGAUCGCCUCUGGGCAAGUACUGGAGUAUGGCAGCUGAGGCCAUUGCCCAUCCCAGAACAACCUUAUUUAUUGUAAAUGCAGUCAAUGCAAAUGUUGUAGCUCAUCUUAUCCACAUUAUGGGCUCCAGCAUGUUUGAGGUUAAUUCUCAGUUUACUUCUGGCAGUUAGUUAUCUACUUGAAAGGAAGGAUUAGUCCAGACCCUAAUUUUUUACUGAGGGAUCCCCACAAACGAGAUGCAACUUGUGAUUUACUUUCUAAUUUUCUUUUGAUUAUACGUACAGCUUAGGAUUGUUUAGUGGUCACUGUGGUAGAGAAAAUUUGUCUUCCAACUGGAAGCACUUUCACUUUGUCCUGAUUUUUUGAGUAAAUGACAGUUGCUAACUUGUUGCCUUUGGAAGUACAUGAUAUUUCUUAUUUUUAA